AUGAACCCGCUAACCCUAGUAAAACGAAUUCAGAACAUCAAUUCCAGAGAAGCCCAAUUAGGGAUUUCAGAGGAAGCUUCGUGGCACGCCAAGUACAAAGACUCCGCUUACGUCUACGUCGGCGGCAUUCCUUUUGAGCUCACCGAAGGUGAUCUUGUCGCUGUUUUCGCACAAUAUGGAGAGGUCGUCGACGUGAACCUGGUUCGCGAUAAAGGGACUGGGAAAUCCAAAGGGUUCUCAUUUAUUGCAUAUGAGGACCAGAGAAGUACGGUUCUUGCUGUGGAUAAUCUGAAUGGAGCUCAAAUUUUGGGUCGAACAAUUAGGGUGGAUCAUGUGACUAAAUACAAGAAGAAGGAAGAGGAAGAUGAAGAGGAAGAGCAGAGGAAGAGGGAGGAACGAGGUGUGUGCCGUGCUUUCCAGAGAGGUGAAUGUACUCGCGGAGCUGGGUGCAGAUUUUCUCACAAUGAGCAAAGAGCUGCAAACACAGGUUGGGGUGAUCAAGACUCAAAAUGGGGGCGUGACAGGUAUGAUGGCCCAAAACAGGGUGAGAACAGAUCUAACACUACUCCGUCAAAUCGUGUUCCAGAGGCUGAAGUUCAAGAAGAUUUACACUCCAGAGGAAAGGGAUAUGGGAGGGCCUUUAAAAGUCACCCUAAGCAAAGUUAUGGGAGGGAGGAAACGAGAUUGGGGAGACAUGAGGAUGAUGAAAGGUUUGAGCUUAGAUCAAGAGAUCAUGGUAGGGGGGAAGAAAAGAGACCAAGAAGACCCAGUGAGGAUGACGAAUUGGGGCAAAAUUCAAGAGAAGAUUAUGGUAGGAGGGAAAAACAGAGAUUAGGAAGGCAAAAUGGUCAUGAAUUGCAGCCAAAGUCAAGAGAAGAUCAUGACAGAAGGGAAGAUAAGAGACCCAGAAGGCAAGGUGGUGAUGUUGAAUUUGAGCCAAAGCUGAAGUCUAGAGACGAUCAUGACCGGAGGGAAGAUGAUAGAAGGGAAGAUAGGAGAGCAAGAAGGCGUAGUGAUGAUGGUGAAUUUGAGCCAAAAUCUAGAGAAGAUCGUGAUAGGAGGGUAGAUGAUAGUAGGGAAGAUAAGAGACUGAGAAGGCAUGCUGGUGAUGAUGAAUUUGAUCCAAAAUCUAAGGAUCAUGAUAGGACAGAAGAAAGGAGAAGGUAUGCUGAUGAUGAAUAUCAGCCGAAGUCAAGAGAAGAUAGGUGGGAAGAACAGAGGUCAAGAAGACGCAAUGUUGAUGAAUUUGAGCUGAAGUCAAGAACAGGCGAGGAUAAGAGGAAAGGAGAGAGACUGAGAAGGUAUGAAGAUGAUGAGUUUCAGCCAAAAUCCAGAGAAGUUCGUCGUAGAGAGUAA